AUGGCCUCAAAAGUUGUUCGAUUGGUUACCGUACUGGUUACCGUACCCAGUAAGGAUGUCGCUUUGAAUAUUUCAAGGUGAGAAACAGUAAAAAAUUCAAAAAAGUGAUUUUUAGGGAAGUUGUGAAGCAAAAGCUCGUGGCUUGUGUGAAUAUUCUGCCGUCGGUCACUUCUGUGUGAGUUUUAAACGAGUUUACUGUUCCAAAUAUCGAGAUUAAUACGACUGAAAACUCAAAAAUUACUUUUCCCUGCGUUCUGCUUUCUAUUGAAAUUAAAGAAUAAAUUAUUUAUUUUAACGAUUUUCAGGGGUUUUAGCUCUGAAUUGUUUGAAAAGGUGUGAUAAAAUUAAUUUCGACUUUUUUUUUGGUUUUUCGGGAAUUUUACCCAGUUUUUUUGUAAUUUUUUUGCUACGUUAAUAUUAAUUUUGACAAUUUCGAAAUCGACUUUUCAAAAUGAUUUCGCGAAAAGCGCAAAAUCAGAAUUUUAGGAGACGUUAGAAAAAUUGGGUCUCACAACGAAAUGACAAGGUUUUACGCGCCAACCUCAAUUUUUUGAAUAUUUCAUUCAAAAUUUUGAAUUGGCGCCUGAAAGUCAUCGUUUCGCGAUACAUAGUUGUAGGACCCAUUUUUUCUCCCGAAAUUUCGAUUUCGCGAAAUCACGAUUUAUAAAUCGGCGGAAUUAUUCUGAACAUGGCAAAUAGAAUGAUAAAACACGACAAAAUUUCGGAAUUACCAUGAAAAUUGCCAGAUACGAAUGGGAGGGGAAAGUUGAGGAAAGCGAAGAAUUAUUGAUGAUGAUGAAGACUUCUGAAGAACGUAUUCCGACGCUGCAAGAGGUUGGAAAACUUUCUUUUCGAAGUCAAACUGAUAAAAUGAUAACUUUUUUUAAAAAAUUCACUUCAAGUUUCUAUAUCUUGUAUCAAGAAACAAUAGAGAAAUGAAAAAAAUUGAAAGGCAAUUUUUUGUCGCAUUAUUUUAUUACAGUUCAUUUGAGUGAAUUUUACUUUUUAGUAAGCUUUAGUUUUUUUGAAAAAAAAUAAUUCGGUUAAAGCUUGGCGAAAGCUUGAAAGUGUUCUGGUGAUUCGGCACAAGGAGAAUUUUUUUGCAAUUUUUUUGUGAAUUUUUUUGCAAAAUUCCAUCGAUCUUUUAAAAAAAGCAUCAAAAAGAACUUUCAAAAAAAUCGAAGAAUUAAAAAAACAAAUAAAAAGGUUUUUUUAUCAAAAAAACCUUAAUUUCCAUUCAGAAAGUCCUUGCCCUGCAUCCCUACGACGUUCCCGAAUUCAUCGUUUUACCCAUCGAACAUGCUUCGCCGGCUUAUGGCGCUUGGAUCACCGCCCAAACUUCUACAACUUCUGAAAAAAACCCGCAGAACUUUGAUUUUAUCAAAAAGUUCACUAAGCUCUUAAAAUGUCUUCCCCUAUGUUUUUAUCCAAAAAUCGUCCAAGAAAACAAAGAUUUGACGUUUCUGGACUAA